AUGGGUGUUCUCAUCGGUGUGAUGAUGUGCCUCACAUACUUUGCGUUCACAUAUGCGCGCGUGACAAUGACGGCGUUCACCGUGCUGCCGUCCCGCAGCGUGGCCGUGCGCACCUUCAGGGAGCGCGCCGCCCUGGAGGCCUUCCAGGGCCGCAGCCUGGCCAUGGGACUCAGCGGAUACAUCUUCUUCGGGUCCAGCGUGCUGCUCAGCGAACGGGUCACCCAGCUGGCAAACGAGAUGGUGGCAAAGGGAGCAGAGGCCGCCCGCUUAAUCCUGGCCGCAGGCGCCCUCGGUGGGGGCACUGGCGCGGGCAGCGGCGCGGGGUUUCCUCUGCAGGUGGCGGUGCUGCCGGGCACGGGGGGUGCGGCCUGGGGCGGCCUGGACCCCCUGAAGCUGGCGGCUGUUGUGGAGGGGGCGCCCUGCUACGUGCUCCUGGACUUCAAGCGGGUUCUGGGUGUGGAUGCAACAGCAGCGCAGCUGCUGGGGAGCCUGCGGAGCCUGCUGCGCCAGGCGGGGGUGGAGCUGGUGCUCACGCGCGUGAGGGACGCCACGGUGCGGCGGCUGUUCCUGGCGCACGGACUGAUCGAGCCGGGCGCAGGCGACGAGGAGGCCGGCGGCCACGGGGGCGGCCACGGGGGUGGCCACGGGGGCGGCGGCGGUGACGUGCUGUACUGCCGGGAAUUCCCGACCCUGAGUGAGGGCGAGGAGUACGUGGAGGACAGGCACCUGGCGCUGGUGCGCGCCGCGGGCCUGCUGAGCAGCGGCCAGGACGCCCUGACACUGGACGAGUUCCUGCUGGGCAGCGCACAGGAAUGCCCCCUCUCGGAAGGCCUCGAUGCCGCCGCGGCCGCGGCUGGCUUUGCCGCCUACUCCACCGUGCACACCCUCGAGCCCGGGGCCCUACUCAUGGACUUUGACCAGCCGCCAGACGCAGUCUAUUUGGUGCUGUCGGGCGCGUUCGACGUCGCCAUCAAGCAGUUCAUUGAGCCGGCUGUGGUGGUGAUGUCAGCGGAGGGGGAGAAUGACGUCAGCAAGGCGCCGGGGGCCGCGGCGGGGCGGCCGCGCGACCCCCACGAGCGUCACUUUGCGAGCGGCCCCGGGUCGGUGCUGGGGGCGACGGACUUUGUGCUGAGGCGGCCGCGCAGCUUCCGCGCGGUUGCGGUGGCGCGGAGCGGCGUGGUGGCGGUGGACAGGGCAGGGUACCGCCGGAUGGCGGCGGCGGCGCCGCAGGCGGCAGCGUUCCUGCAGAUGAUUCUCCUGCGUGACGCGGCCCUGGGGGAGGCCUACUCCUACGAGAUCCUGGAGAGGGCCCUGCUGUGCUGA